AUGUAUUAAUCUCUUGGCUUUGACGAUUAAGCUAAAGUAAAUAUAGCUUAUUUUUUAUUAUAAGCAUAAUGUGACCUAGCUUUUGCAUCUGCACUAAAGAACCACGAAUCUAGAAUUUCUUUUUCAAAAUUCAAAGGAACUCAAUCUUACUGUGCACCAGAAGUAGAUUAAGGAAUAUUCAAAAAAUCUUCAGAUAUAUUUUCUGUUGGUUUAGUGCUAUUAGAACUAGAUAACAUUCAGACCUUCGAUUUCACAAAAACAACAAAUUAGGAAAAGCUUGAAAUUUAAUUUGGAAAGGUUUUCACAAGCUUUUAGAUAAAUAGACAAUCUUAAAUUUACAGGAUAGCCUAGCAAUGUUUAGAAUUUGAUCCUAAAAAUCGUAUACCUGCUGUCGAUUUACUCAUUCAGUUCAUUAUUUAGAAUUAAAACUACUUAGAUGUUGAGAUUUCUUCCAUAUUAAAUAGGAAAUAACUACAGAAAAAAGCAGAAUAACUCUCUUAAAUUUAGAAGAGCAUAGUAGAAAAAUCAAAAAAAGAAGAAAUUGAACUUCUUUAAAUUUCUUAAAUCUACAAGGAUUAAAAAUUUGAAAUGCUGAUUUAAGAAUUUAAAUAGUUGAAAGAAAAGCCUUUUGAAAUUUUUGAAUAUCAAAUUAUUCUCGAUUUACUCUCAAAAAAUACUUAAUAUGAUUCUAAUUUCGAAUUCAUUUCUGUUGGGGCUACUGGUUUAAUUCUUGGAGUUUACAACAAGUCAUAAAAAAGACACUCAGCUUUAAAAAUCUAGAGAGUUACAUCCAAGCAUGAAAUUAUUAGAGAAAUUGGAAUAAUCAGAGAUUGCUAAAUGCCUCUUGUAAUCAAGUUCUAUGGUUUCUAUUAUCUAGAUGUUAUCAAGAAAGAGGAUUUCGUAGUAUAUGAAAUUGAAAAAUGUUCUGGUAACCUAAAACAAUACUUUAACAGAUUGAAGAAAGAAAAGAUUUAGCUUAAUGAUGAAGAGAAAAUGCAAAUAGCUAUUCAAGUAAUCGAUGUUAUUAACUACUUACAUUACAAUCAUAUUGUACAUAGAGAUGUUAAACUUGAGAAUAUCCUUUAUAUUGACAGUCAAUCUUAAGUUCCAAUCAUAAAACUAACUGACUUUGAUUAAGCAAGAAAAAUGUAUUACAUAAAUAUUAGAAUUUAUGAUGAUAUUGUGAAAGUCUUCCAACCUGUUAAAGGAGCAUGUGGCACUCUUGGAUACAUAUCACCUGAGAUAUUUAACACCUUAUUAUAUACAUUCUAGAGUGAAAUUUUUUCACUAGGAGUUUGUUUAGCUGUUAUUGAUAAUUUUGAAACAUUGGAACCAUCUCUUAAAUAAAAAAAUCUUGAUUCCCUACAUGGCUUUAAAAUUCCAUUUGAACCAAGUUAUCUUGUUAAAAAUGAAUUAAUAAAAAGAAAUACAAAAAUCUAUGAUAUAAUUCUAAAAACCGUAGUAUUUAAUUAGGAAAAAAGAUAAAAUUUAAAUACAAUUAUUGUGGAUUUGCAUUAAAAUUAUGGAUAUUAAUUUUAUUCUAGAGAAAUUACUUCUUUUAAAAAUAUUACCUCUAAUUUUUUAUAUUGCAAGAUAGCCAAUUUUCAACUAUCAAACAAUAUAGGCCCAGAUGGAGCGAAAGCAGUAGUUUCCGAAAUAGCUAAAUGUCCUACUCUCUCCACUUUAAGCCUUUGGCUAUAUGAUAACAAUAUAGGCCCAGAUGGGGCGAAAGCAGUAGCUUCCGAAAUAGCUAAAUGUCCUACUCUCUCCACUUUAACCCUUGGUCUUCAUAAUAACAUUAUAGGCCCAGAUGGGGCGAAAGCAGUAGCUUCCGAAAUAGCUAAAUGUCCUACUCUCUCCACUUUAAGUCUUGGUCUUGAUGAUAACAAUAUAGGCCCAGAUGGGGCGAAAGCAGUAGCUUCCGAAAUAGCUAAAUGUCCUACUCUCUCCACAUUAAAUCUUAAUUUAAGUAAUAAUAAGAUAAAUGGAAAUGAAUUGUUGGAAAGUAAGUUUAGAAAAAAUAUGAAAGUUAAUAUAAAAUAUUGA